AUGUGCGCUCUGUCAAAGUCAGCAGUGGAGGACAGUGAUCAGAUCUUUACUGAGCUGAUCCGCUCCAUUGAGAGAAGGAGCUCUGAGGUGAAGGAGCUGAUCAGAGCCCAAGAGAAGGCUCAAGUGAGUCAAGCUGAAGGACUCCUGGAGCAACUGAAGCAGGAGAUAGCUGAGCUGAGGAAGAGAAGCACUGAGCUGGAGCAGCUCUCAAACACAGAGGAUCACAUCCAUUUCCUCCAGAGGUAUCAGUCUCUCUCCAGUAUCAGUGUAUCUUCAGACUUACCCAGCAUCAUUGUCCGUCCUCUUCAGUACUUUGGAGAUGUGAGUAAGACUGUGUCUGAACUGAGAGAGAAACUAGAAGACUUCCUUAAAGGAGAAUGGACCAAGAUCUCCACUACAGUGAAUAUAGUGGAUGUUGUACUGCCUCCAGAGCCCAAGACCAGAGAACAGUUGUUACAAUAUUCCUGUCAGCUCACACUGGACCCAAACACAGCACACACACUCCUCUCUCUGUCUGAAGGGAACAGAAAGGUGACCUGUACAGGCCAAGUCCAACCAUAUCCUGUCCAUCCAGACAGAUUCACCUACUGGUGGCAGGUUCUGUGUAGAGAGGGUCUGUCUGGACGCUGUUACUGGGAGGUGGAGAGGACUGGUGAUGUUGUUACAGCAGUCUCAUAUAAAGACAUCAGCAGAACAGAGAGAGGUAAUGAUGGUGGAUUUGGAUACAAUAACAAGUCCUGGAGUUUAAAUUACUAUAGAGGUGGUUAUUGUUUCAGACACAAUAAUGUUGAGACUAAAGUAUCAGGCCCUCAGUCCUCCAGAGUAGGAGUGUACCUGGAUCACAAGGCAGGUACUCUGUCCUUCUACAGUGUCUCUGACACAAUGACCCUCCUCCACAGAGUCCAGACCACAUUCACUCAGCCCCUCUAUCCUGGGUUUUGGCUCUAUAAUUAUAAUGGUUCUGCUGAGCUGGUUAAACUGUAAACUGAUUUGUUAUUAAUUAAAAUUCAAUACAAUGUUUUAA